GUCUUUCGGCGUUUUGGUGAAUUUUUUUGGGAUCUUCAGUCUUUCAGCAUUUUUGGUGAAUUUUCUUUGUAUCUUCGGUCUUUCGGCAUUUUCUUGGGGUCUUCGGCAUUUUGGUCUUUCAGAGUUAUAGUGAAUUUUCUUAGAGUCUUCGGCAUUUUGGUCUUUCGGCAUUUUGGUGAAUUUUCUUGGGAUCUUUGGUCUUCGGCGUUUUUGGUGAAUUUUCUUAGAGUCUUCGGCAUUUUGGUCUUUCAGAGUUAUAGUGAAUUUUCUUGGGAUCUCCGGUCUUCAGCGCUUUUAGAGAAUCUUGGUUUCUUCGGUCUUUCAGCGUUUUG